AUGGCUCGUCUCAGACCCAUUUUGGGAGUGGUGAUUUUAUUCGCUUUAGCAGCGUGUUUGACAAUAUGGAAUACAAAUCAACGCAGUAUUAAUACUGAAAAAUUGGAGAAGAGAGAAAUUAAAGAAUCCUACCCUAUGAUAAAAGCAAACAAUAAAAAGUACAUGACAUUCGAUGAUUGGCUAGAAGGGAAAUUUGAGCCAAAAUCGUAUUAUCCAGACUGGGUUUCAGAUUCCGAAUACAUUUAUAAAAGAAACGAUCAAGCUAUAUUGAAGAGGAAUAUAACCAAUUUAGAUGAAUGCGAGCUGCUUAGUUCUUCUGCUUGGCGCAGUUUGCCAAAUCCGUCGACUUUUUCUGCAUCGGCUGAUCUUCAAUACAUUGCGAUUACAUAUGAACAUAUGGAUGACAUGACAUCUAAUCCUGUUCAAAUUACUAACGACGGAGAAAAUAAUGUGAUUUUCAAUGGAAUAACUGAUUGGGGAUAUAACCUCAUAUUCAAAACACCUUUAGUCUGGUGGUCACCAAAUGGAGCAUACUUUGCUUAUGCUAAAAUCAAUCAAACCGUGGUGAAAACUUUUGAUUUUGCUUAUUACGGAGGAGAUCUGUAUCCUAAGAUUGUAGGUUUAUCAUAUCCAAAACCCGGUACUCCGAUAUCUCAAACAUCAAUUUAUAUUGUCAAUACGAACAAUCCAACGCAAGGUACAAAGAUUAAGCCAACCGAGACGGUAACCAAUUGGGAGGAAUACUAUUUAAACUCUGUUGUUUGGAGGGACAAUUUGAUGUUUACUCCUACAUGGAAAAAUCGACGCCAAAUUGAAGCAGUGACAGAAACGUGUACAGAAGCAAACUCAUGGUCUUGCAAUCAUGUGUCAAAUGAGGAAAUAUUCACAAAUGGCAAAGGUUGGCUGGGUAACUACAGGCCUUCGGAUUUGGUACCAGUAGCAGAUGCAAAUGAAUAUUUAGCAGCCAGAGUGAAUUCGUUCGGUUACACACACCUUGUUCUUGUUGAUGUAACCAAUAAUGUACUUGACUGGCGUACAAAUGGAUCUUUUGAGGUGACUGGGCGUGUGAACACAGAUAUAGGUUCAAUACCAGUUAACUUUUAUGACAAAAGGAAUGAUUGGGCUUAUUUCACAAGCACGGAAGUCGAGAACACAGAAGAAGGAUCAGCUCGAUUGCGCCACUUGUGGAGAGUUAAAGCACACGGAAAUGACAAGACAAGAGAGUGUAUAACAUGUGAUCUGAAUACAAUUUAUACUGAUAGAUGUAAUUGGGUUGAUUCAUCAUUCAGUCCCGAAGGAAAUAAUGUCAUUAUAAACUGUGGAGGGACAGGAAACGGUGUACCGAUUUCUACAUACCAUCAUAUUUCUGAAUCCGGUGACAUCAACUUUGUUGAAGUAAAGGAAAAUAAUACACAACUGAUCCAAAAUUUGGGAACAUAUAACUUUCGAACACGUGAGUAUGGUGAACUCAGUCUUCCGCAAGUCGAUGAUGAAGUUUUUUAUUAUACUUUACACAAACCGGAAAAUUUUGAUCCAAGCAAGAAAUAUCCAUUGCUGGUGCAAGUGUAUUCUGGCCCUGGUUACCAAGACACAAUAGAUUCAUUUGUGUCUACUUGGGCGACUGGGUAUUUACCAAGUAGUGAUCUUGAUAUUGUGGUGAUGACGUUUGAUGGCAGAGGUACUGGUUUCAGAGGAGAAAAGAUUCGAAAUAUGGUUUAUCAUCGUUUGGGAGAAUUCGAACCAUUGGACCAGAUCGAAGCAACCAGACAAAUAUCUGAAAAGUAUGAUUUUGUUGAUAAAAACAGAAUUGCGAUAUGGGGAAGAUCCUAUGGAGGAUACAUCACUGCAAGGACGAUGUCUGAAGAUCAAAAUCUUUUGUUCAAAUGUGGAUUAUCAGUUGCUCCUGUGACUGACUGGAUGACAUAUCAUAACUUUUACACUGAACGUUACAUGGGAUUGCCGAGUGAAAAUGAGGUCGGAUACAACAAAUCCACAGUGUUUCAAAAGCUUCACAACAUUGGAAAGCAUUAUUUUGUUCUAGUCCACGGUACUAGUGACGAAAAUGUACAUUUUUUGCACGCUGCCAGGUUGACGAAAGCUAUGAUAGAAGAAGAUCUUGACUUUUCAGCAUAUUUUGCUGGUGAUGAAACUCACAGGUUCAAUCGAGGAAGGAACGCAUAUGGCCACCAUUACAAAUUACUGACACAUCACUUGAAAGUCUGCUUUGGACUUUGAUAUAAA